AACUUGCAGCAGCAGCAACAGUAGCAGCGCAGCUACAGCGGAUGCACAUAAGAUGGUGCACCACAGCAACGAUGAUGCCAUGAACAAAAUUCCACUCAAAUCGUCCAGUGGACUGGAUGACGAUGAGAAGAAUGGCGGCGAACUGAUACAGGACACCGCCGCUGCCGAGGAGGCGCGACGCGAACAGAUGCGUGCGAAUGUGUUGGCCUGGAUGAAGAAGCUGACAAUUGUGUUAAUCUGCUUCAUUGGCAUCGCCCUGAUUAGCUAUGUGAUCAUAAGCCUGUGCUUCAGCGAUGAGCAACCGGAGCACAACGAAAGCACGGAAUCAACAACAGCAACAACAGCUGAAGAGAUUGCGAUUGCUGGACCCGCCAUCGCCGCAUCCACAUCCCCAACAACGCCGCCACCGUCGCCAGCAACAAAUGUGGACAACAACAAGGAAUUCAGUUCCACGCUGGGCGUCUUCGAGAAUGCAGCCGUCUGCUCGGAUAUGCAGCCAUGCAGUCAGAUUGGCAGCGAUAUAUUGGCGCGCAAUGGCAGCGCUGUGGAUGCAACAAUUGCCACAAUGCUGUGCAACGGCCUCCUGACCUCACAGAGCAUGGGAAUUGGCGGCGGCCUCCUGAUGAAUAUCUAUGAGCGUGAAACAGGGCAAAGCCACUACAUAGACGCCCAAGUUGUAGCACCAUAUGCAUCCAAGCAGAACAUGUUUGAUGAUAAUUACAAUGCCUCCAUCGUCGGACCACUGAGCAUUGCGGUGCCCGGCGAGGUGAUGGGCUAUCAUCGGGCGCACCAGAAAUUUGGCAAGCUGCCCUGGCAGGACCUCGUGGCACCAUCUCUAAAGCUCUGCGAGACGGGCUACCAAAUGUCCAAACAUCAGGAGAAUUCUGUGCGCAGAACGUGGUCCCAUAUCAAAGAUAAUCCCCAUUAUCAGGUCGUUUUCCUAAAUGCUGAAACCGGUGAGCAGCACGUGGAGGGAGCCUUACUGAAGCCACCGGCGAAAUUGUGCAACACAUAUCAACUGCUGUCCGAUAAUGGACCGAUGGACUUCUACAAUGGCACUGUGGCCAAAAUGCUGGCUGAGGAUCUGAACGAGUUGGGCAGUAUUAUAACGCUAGACGAUUUGGCAGCGUACACAGCCGAAAUGCGAUUAUCCAUAACAUCGACAUUGGGAAAGGACACACUCUAUGCUGUACCGCCGGUGAGCAGUGGAUCUGUCAUCUCCCACAUACUUAGCAUUCUGGAGGGCUAUAACUUAACCCGUGCCGAUUUGGCCGACGAGGAAUCCUAUGCCCGCACCAUACAUCGCAUUACCGAGGCACUCAAAUUUGGAUUCGCCCGUCGCCCCGAGCUUGGCGAUCCCCGGUUUAUAGAUGUGCGCGAACUGGUCAGCCAGCUGAACAAUCCCGAUUCUGCUGCUGAGCAACGGGCCAAGAUCAACGACAGUUAUGUCCUCAGUGGUCCCCAAGAAUACGGUGCACUGUCUAGCUACGAGGAAGAUCCAUAUGGCACUUCAGCACUCUCAGUGAUAGCACCGAAUGGCGAUGCCGUAUCCGUGACCAGCUCCAUCAAUUACUAUUUUGGAUCCGGCUUGAUAGGACCACGCACUGGCAUUAUAUUGAACGAUUGCAUGGCUGAUUUUGCCAUGAAGGGCAGUAAUCAAUUCAAGCUGCCAGCGUCGCCGGCAAACACAAUUGAACUGCACAAGCGUCCCAUGUCCUCCCAGUCGCCGAUGUUAUUGACGGAUCAGGAGGGCAACGUACGACUGGCAAUUGGUGCGGCUGGCGGCAGUAAGAUAUUGGCAGCUAUCGUCGAGGUGGCUGCUCGAUAUUUGUGGCUCGGCGAUGAUCUGAAGGCGGCUGUCGAUGCGCCGCGCUUCUACAGCCAGCUGUUUCCCGAUACACUCGAAUAUGAGGAUGGGAAGUAUUCCGAGUCCCUGCUGCAGCUGCUCCAGAAGCGUGGCCACAAUCUGCUGCCCUUGAAAACCACCACAGACUCCGUUGUCUGUGCGCUUGCACGUAAUGCAACGGCCAUCUAUGCAAAUGCCGAUUAUCGCAAGCGUGGCGGCGUUGCAGGAUUCUAGAGGUGCCUCCUCCACACACACACACACACACACAUGUACACACCCAGACACCCACACAU